CUUUGACGCUACAUUACCACGCCACCAAUAUGAUCAUCAGGUAAUUAAUGAGGUCUCUUCCCAUAAUGACCCUUGUAUCUCAUGUUUGUUAGAAGGCUUGAACUUUGGAAUCUCCAAGGAUUGCACCCUCAAGCUUCUUCUCCCUCACCUCAACAACACUCCCUCCAAAUACACACAUUCCCAGCCCUCUAAACCACCACCACUUCACAAAAAUGAAGAAACAACAACAACAAGCACCCCAAAAUGAACAAGACCCAACCCAAUACACCAAACUCCACUCCCACAGCCUCCUCCACAACAUGGUCCUCUACUUCCUCUUCUUCGGGUCCGGCCUCGUCGUCGGCCUCACCCUCACCUUCUACCUCCCCCCAAGCCUCCAAUUCUCCCAAUUCUCCUCCACCAUCCAAGAAACCUCCUCCACCCCAACUCCCCCACCCCCGCCUCUGCACCGCCCUCCCCCGCGCAUGCAGCCGCGGGCGGGGCUGAGGGACUUCCUCAGAGUCGAAGACAACGCGACGCACGACAUGACGGACACGGAGCUCCUGUGGCGGGCGUCGAUGAAGCCGAAGAUCGAGGAGUUUCCGUUCAGGCGGACGGCGAAGGUGGCGUUCAUGUUCCUGGCGAAGGGGGACCUGCCGCUGGCGCCGCUGUGGGAGCUCUUCUUUAGAGGGCAUCAAGGCUUGUAUUCCAUCUACGUCCAUUCUCAGCCUUCUUACAAAGGGAAUUUUCCAAAGGGUUCGGUUUUUCAUGGCAGAAGAAUUGCUAGCAAGGAGGUAGAAUGGGGCAAGAUCAGCAUGGUCGCAGCCGAACUUCCAGUUCCAGUCAGACGCUCAUUUACAGAUACACAAAUGGCUUCUUCUUCAUGUGUCAAUAUAUCAAAUUGGAUUACUGUGAGGCCGAGCCGUGUGGGUUUUGAUCAAACCAACACGUUCAAGAAUUGGAAGGAGCAAAGUUGUGUGUUCUGGAGAGCGAAGACAUGA